AUGGACGCUCUGCACAGAUCUCUGCUGCUUCACCUGCUGACAUGUCUCGGACAACACGCAUAUGCGGUCAUAAAUGGACAAAAGGCUGCGGAGGGGUCGAUGCGUUAUAUGGUCUCAGUGCAGAACAGAACAAAUCAUCAUUUUUGUGGAGGAUUCCUGAUCAGUGAAGACUUUGUUGUUACUGCUGCACACUGUGACGACACGAGUCUUACACAUGUUGUUGUCGGCACCAACGAUCUCAAGAAGGCUGAUGGACAAAAAAUAUCUAUUAAAGAGAAACACAAGAACCCAUCUUACACGACUGUGGGAAAAGGUUAUGACAUCAUGCUCCUCAAAUUGUCAAAGAAGGCUGAACUGGACAACAGCAUAACAACAAUUCCACUUCCAAGACCUACAGAAAACAUAAGAGAUGGCACACAGUGCCGUGUAGCUGGGUGGGGUAGCACACGUACUGGUGGUGCAGCUGUUGAUGAGCUGAGAGUGGUGGACGUGUCUAUCAUUAAAGAACGAGUCUGUGAGAAGUUGUGGGGCAAUAAUCUUCCUGCCCAUGUCAUCUGUGCAGGUGGAAAAGAAACAAAAAAAGGAUUCUGUCAGGGUGAUGCUGGUGGUCCUCUGGUCUGCAACGGGAAGGCUGUUGGUGUCGCGUCUUUCAACCAAAGGGGAAACUGUAACUACCCAGAUAUACCAAAUGUCUAUACUGACAUAUCUAAAUACAUUCCCUGGAUCAAAGGCGUCAUUCAAUCUGAGCACUGGACUUGUCGGCAGCACAAACCUUGUGAGCAAGAAUCCUGCACAAAGUUUUGCUACAUCAAACAGUGAUUGUAAUUUGGGAUUUUUGUUAAUUACUCUUUUAACCCUUAAUAGGGCACUCGUUGAAAUACUUGCAAAUUCCAA